AUGACACCGAGACGCACUGUGAGUCUGCUGGUGGUGAUGAUGAUGAUGAUGAUGGUCCUGCUGGACUUUACGAACUGUGUUCAGAUGCUUCCGGCUCCCAGCAGAGUUUUCAUGGAGUCCGUUAGCAUGAGGCACGUACUGAGGUGGCGCCCCCUGCAGGCUCCCUGCACCACUACAGCCCUUUACUCUGUUCAGUUCCAGGGGGAGUUUGAGCUGCUGGUGCUGAACGGCAGCUGGGUGGACGCUCCCGACUGUCAGCUGAUCGCUCACACUCACUGCGACCUGACCUUUGACCUGGGCUCCGACUCGGACUACAACCUCCGCGUCAGAGCGCAGUGCGGCUCUCAGCCGUCCCCCUGGACCCGACUCAGCCCGCCGUUCAACCGCAGAGACACGGUCCUGACGGCGCCGGAGAUGGCGGUCACGGCGGUGGGCGGCGCCCUUCAGGUGUCGUUCCCUGAGCUUCCUCUCACCGCUGUGGUCAACGUGACGGUGUGGAAGAGAGGCGACCGGCUGCAGGCUGCUGUGUACACGCUGCCGGCUGAGCGCACGCCGCUGCACGUCCCCGACCUGCAGGACGGAGCGGCGUACUGCGUCCGAGCGCAGACCGUCCUGGACACGGACCUGCACAGCAGCACCACCGACACCCAGUGUGUUUCCAUCACAGGUGGGGGCGCUGCCUGGAAGAAGCCGACCACUGUGACGCUGACCGUCAUCAUCACGGCCGGGCUGCUGUUCGCUGUGUUCUGGUCCGUCGUUCACUGUCGUCCACAAGUCUGUCAGACGUAUUUCCAGAAGGAGCCUCUGCCCCACUCACUGCAUCCUGACUGGGACCUUCACAUCCCGAUGAGCCCUGAGGAGGCGGAGCUCUGUGAGCCGGUCCAUGUGAUGGUCGACCCCGCUCGCUGACGAGCUGCUGACCUCAAACCCUCGAAGAGCCAACACAGAGCUGAACUUUCCUGUUUUUGUGGAGUAUAUUGGAUGUUUUCAAGCUCAGGCCUCCGGGGGACUUUUGGUAGUUUGUGGUGCAUUCAAAAAAAUGCCACAAGCAAAAGAAAGAGGAAAAACAACGAAUAAAGAAGUUAUUUUCAAACAAUCCUUCGUUGCAGAAAA